UUUAACAAACUGCGUAAGUUAAUUUUUGUCAUUCCUCUCGACAGGUUUUCAAGAGUAACACGAGAUAUUUCAAGAUGAAGCUUCUAAUGUUCGAUAAAUCACCUGGGAUACUGCGGCAAGAGAAACAGAGGUCAGUAUCGAAGCGUGCAUUUUUUUUAAUUGUGAGUGUUGGAUUAGUCUGUUCAAUUUUGCCGAUUAAUAGUUCGGCGGCUGUAGUCAACACUACACUAAAUGAUGUGGCGGCUAACUUGUGUACAGGUAACGAAUGUGCCGUAGAACAAUCAGAAAUCGCCGCCCAAAUCUUAAGAUACCAUGAUCCCAGUAUUAAGCCCUGUGACAAUUUUUACGGAUUUGCUUGCGGUAAUUACGAAAAAACUGAUAAAUCAAACGAUUACGAUUAUCUUGAAUCACAAAAACAUGAUUACCUUGAAAAGUUGAUCCGAAAAGGAAUCUCUUCAGACUUCAAACCCUUUAAACUUAUCGACGAUAUUUACAAAACAUGCAUCAAUGAAAAUGCCAAAGGGCCACAAGCUCUAGACCUUUUGAAACGUACGAUGAAAAGUUUAGGCAAUUGGCCUAUUUUAGAAGCUGACUGGAAGGAGUCUACUUUCAACUGGAUUGAUUUUACCGGUGAUGCUAAAAAAUUUGGUUACAAUAUCAAUUGUUUCUUAGAUUGGGCACCAAAGCCUAUAUUUAGUAAUUCACGUAGAAGUUUAAGAUAUUCUGUUACGAUGGCCGAUACUCAUUUCGAUCCCUCUAUGCCCGAGAAAACUACCUCACAAAAACAAGCUUAUUCUGAUUACAUGGUAAAAGUAGCACGACUCCUUGGAGCAGAUGGUAGUGACUUGGAAAAGGACAUGAAAGACGCAUACGAUUUUGAAGAACAAUUAUCAAAAAUAAAUGUUGGAGGCCAUCGUUAUCAGAUGCGUAAUUUCACUAUUGCAGAGUUACAGAAGCAAUGGCCGAGUAUUGAGUGGGAGCGAUUUGUUGAUAAAACCCUAAUUCCCUUUGUGGAUGCUAAUGAAAAGCCUGCUUUAACUGUUUGGAUUAUUACAAUUUUAACAGGGUUUGCACAACUAAUGGAAAAAACCCCAAAACGAGUGCAAGCAAAUUACGCCUUUUGGAAAAUUGUCCAAUACUCAGCUCCUUAUUUGACUGAAGAAUUUAGGGAGGCGCAAAAAACGUUCCAUAAACAAGUAGGUUAUGCUGGUAUUUCAGCCGAUGAUGAUUGUCUGAAAUUGACUAAAAAAUACGCGAAUUAUGCCGCUGAAUCCUUAUAUUUGGAUCACUACAACAGCAGUCAGACGAUCAUAAUAAAUAUAAUUGAGUCUAUUAAAACUGAAAUGAUCAGUUUGAUAAAAGAAUCUAAAGUAUUGAAUGCCACUGAAAAAAGUAAAAGAAUAAAAACUAUUACAGAAAUGCCAUUUACUUUCGGGACAUCAGUGAAAUUGUCGGACCCAAAAGAACUGGAAAGUUUCUACGCGAAUGCAGAAGUUGUCAAAGAUAACUUUUUGCAAACCAUCUUGAAUCUUAAUUUAUUCAAAUUGAAAAAUGACGUCAGCAUUAAAAUACAAUCGGAACUUGCUAUAUACGGCGUUGCUUGUUUUGAUAAUUCAGCACUUCCGCAAAUGUACAAUGGCCGCCUACGUAUACCCGCAUCGAUGAUUCCCAGCCCAUUAUUUAACGAAAAUCGUCCAAUGUACAUGAAUUAUGGUUCGAGUGCGUCCUACAUUGCAAUUCAAAUUUUUAAAGCUCUGACUGAUAAUGGAAGAAGUUGGGAAAAAAAUGGAACCCUACUUCCAAAUGACCAACUCGAUUGUUUCCGUCAUCAUUAUGAGGAUUUAUCAGACGAGGCAAUGAAACAAAGACUUCGUCGUGAUAAAUUCGAAAAAGAAUUGAUCUACCAAUAUAUCGGAUUUUGGGCUUCUCGGAAUUGUUACAAGACUUAUGUGGCCCAACAUGGCAGUGAAAAACCUCUUCCAGGAUUAUCAUAUACCCCGGAGCAGUUAUUCUGGAUAUCUUUCGGACAAUCGUAUUGUUCUCUUCACGAAGAUCACUUUAAACCCCGUAAUAUUAAUAACAAUCAGUUCAAUGCUUUUGAAUACAUGAUGAUGAAACUUUUAUCAAUUGUACCUAAAAUUUCGUCAGAUUUUAAGUGCCCUGUGGGUUCUAAUUUAAAUCCCGCAAAAAAAUGCAUCUGGUGGUAAUUUAAAUGAACUUUUUACUUUGAAGUUUUUAAAUGUUUUAUUUAGAUUGAAAAAUUAUAUCUGUUGCAAAAUAAAUAAUAAAUUCGAAUGUUUUUGA